UUGACACACAGCGAAGCAGGCAAUCAAAACAACAACAACAUACACACAAACAUCAGAGAUUUGGUGCUAUUUAUUUGCCACAUGUCCGCUGAGAAUGAGUAUGUGCAUCAAAGCAGGAUCAAAACAAGCAUUUAGAAAACAUACGUCAACAAAACAGGAUCGCUUGAAGCGUGCAAGCAAGGUAGUUGUAUACCGAUCAACAUAAUUACUGGAACACGGCGGCGACAAAGUGGUUAAUACUGAAACUGGUACACACAGUAAAGAUAACAACAGAGGCGUAAACCAUGAACGGCAGUUCGGCAGCAACUACACCAACACUACACAAAUUAACGUCUUUGAAGCCGGCUCGUGAUUUGACACUAGGUGGACGUGGUGGUAAUGCCGCCGCAAAUGCAGCGAAAAAAGUAUUCACGCCCAACCUCAAUGUGGUGCGCAACAAGAACACCAAUGUCAAAACAUCAAAAGACACCACAAUGCGUGGUGGGCGUGGACGCGGUGCGCGUGGCGGACGUGGUGCUGGUGGAGGUGCGCGCGGUGGACGUGGUGGUGCUGCAGGCGGUGCCAAUUCAUCACUCAUACAAACAACCGGUGUAUUCUCAGAAGGUGCUGGCGCUAUAAACAUACGUAAGGCGAGCUCAGGCGGCUCUGGUUUCGGCAGUCGAAAUGCAGAUGAUGCCGCCUCGCAAAUGCGUAGACCCACAAUUAUCAAGCAGGAACACAUGCGAAAAAUUGAUUUAAAAGCUGACGAAGAACAUGUACGCGAAUUACUGGGUGAUACAGAUGAAGAUGAUUUUGGAGAUGAAAAGACUGAUUUGGAGCAGAUACCGGUCAAACUCAAUGAGGUCAAGUGGAAACCCAUAAAAGUUGAAGUUAAACUAGAGAAAGUAGAAGCUGGCGUAAAUGGUGAAGCUGCUGAAAUUUGUGAAGAAUCCGGAUCCGCUGUCAAUAUUGCACAAAAUCUGCAAACGCUGACUGUAAGAGAGCAGCAGCAAACACGCACAAACAGUGCCUUGCCGCGGUAUCCAGCGUCCAUUGGUGAGCUCAUAGACCAGACACAAGCACAGCUAUUAUUAUUACAGCUGCCAGAUGUUUUGCCUUGUGAAGAUGAUGUGGAAGAAGUUUCGGAAAAGCCACAACAUGAAAAGAAUAUUGCUGCUGACACACCCUCUACAUCACAAAAUCCACCUGCUACGAAACCAAUAACGAAACGUAUAUCGCUUAAAGAUAUGGAAGAGGGUAAAAUCGGUAGAUUACUACGCUACAAAUCGGGGAAGGUUAAACUAGUUUUAGGCAAUACGUAUUUCGAUUUGAAUAUGGGCAUGGAGACGGGUUUCCUACAAGAUCUCAUGUCCAUCAAUACCAAUCGGGAGGAGCGUAGCGGUAAUAUGAUAAAUUUGGGACCCAUACAAGCCAAACUCACCGCCACGCCCGAUUGGGAGCAUUUAAUGGAACAAGAAGAACGACGGCAGCGUACAAAACCUGCAUAGCACUGCGCACUUUGUAGUAACAUUUAUAUAAAAUUAGUUAUAAAAAAUAGUGUUUUUUUUAAUUUAACAACUAUUCGUAAGUUACUGUAGCAGUUAAACACAGCUCACCCGGUGAAAUUAGCGCGAAGAAGGCGUUAAGAAAUUAUAAACAAUUGCGCCUAGUUUUUGUAAAAUAAAAAGUUAUAAUGGUUUAGUUUAACAAACAUAGAUACUUUAGUCAUUUCAAAUGUAUGUUUUAAAUAAAACUGAACUGUGAGUUAUAACAAAGUGAAGAAAA